CCAAUGCGUUUGUGUUUAUUUUUCCACCCCACAAACAUCCAAUUAAUCACGAGCAUUGGUGCUCCGAUAUCUCUGGAAGCAUAAAUCAUAAAACAUAGCAUCGGAUCCCGGUGAGCGCAUACAUCGUACCCACCGGCAAACACACAGCACUGCUCUAGCAUGACUCAACUGUUGGACCGAGUGUUGAGCUUCAUAAACUACUGGUGGUUUCGGUACUUGAUGAUAACGGAGCUAUACAUGGUGGAAAGCUGGGAACGAGUGACGAUACACGUGUUCCUCUUCGUAAUAUUCCUCGCCCAAUGGUACUUCAACUGCAAGGUAAUUCUUCCCUUUACCGGGAGCCUACUCGGCAUUUAACCGGUGGAUCAGCCGAUGGGUGCCACUCUCUUGAAGCCGCCCGUGACCUGGACUACUACGUCGCUGCACGCGGAAGCCCAUCAUCCCAGGCUCGUCGGCCAAUGAGUGGAGUUUUAAUAUGAAGUAUUUUACGGACAAACACCAGUUAAAAAUCUCAUCGACUUUAUCCUACUGUACAAGGAUCUGAUGUUUUGUAUUGAUUUUGUUGCGCUUAAGUGAAAAUUCUGUUUGUGUUUUUACACUAGUGUUGUAUGAAUGUAUCAGUGCAUGUAAGUGAAAGGAAAUAUAAAAGAAUGGUAAAGAAAAAACUGA